AUGGAAACUCCUAUAGUGAAUUUAACAAAGAAGGAUCUGGAAACAGUGUAUGAACCAUCUGAAGAUUCGUUCCUACUGAUUGAUGCCUUAGAAUUAGAUUUAGAGAAUCUAAAAUCUAAAAAGCCUGGGCUUUGUUUAGAAAUCGGCAGUGGAUCUGGUGUAGUUAUUACAGCGUUGGCAAAGGCUUUGGGUCACUUUUUUGCAUCCUUUUUCAUGGCUAUUGACAUAAAUCCGAAUGCUUGCAAGAUUACAAAACGAAUUGGCAGAGAUAACUUUGUAGAUAUAAAUGUUGUACAGAUGGAUUUGGUGAACUUGUUAAACAAGACUAAUAUAUUUGAUAUUGUGAUAUUUAAUCCACCGUACGUGGUCACAGAGUCUUUAGAAGUUCUUGAUGAAAGAUUGAUAUCAAAAACUUGGGCAGGGGGGCAUGAUGGUAGAGAAGUUAUGGAUAGACUGUUUGCUCAUAUUCCCAAUAUGUUAUCGCCGAAUGGAAUUUUCUAUUUGGUAACAAUCAAGGAGAAUAAUCCAACUUCAAUUAUAAAUAUGUUCAAUCAUUGGAAUAUGAAAGGAGAAAUAAUUAGUGAGAGAAAAGUUAGAGGAGAACAUUUACAUAUUUUAAGGUUCACAAGAAUCAAUUAGAUGUAAAUAGCACUUGCCUGUUUACAAUGUAGAAAACUAUUUAUUAAUCAAAAACAUUCGUCGAAUAAUCGCUCAAAAAACACAAGUCGUUAUCUUUUCGUUUUAUUUCAGGUCAUGUAUGUUAAUUGUUGUCAUAAAUCCUCAUUAGAGGUACUUAUGGUUUUUGAGGGAUAAACAUAUAUGUAUAUUAAAUUGCUGAAAUGUUGGGUAAUCUACGUAUGUACAAAUAAUAAUAAUAACCGUAACUAUACCUAAAACUAAUAGUCAUAAUGAUUUCCAAACUGACGGUGUCAACAAAAGCAAUAUCAGUCAUGUUGGAUAAAUUUUUUGUUAUUACAAUACGUUGUCAAAAAUAUCAUGUUCGGUAAUGAAAAUGAAAUAAAACUGGGAAACUAAUUACAGAAA